AUGAAUGAACACAAGCUGGAUGCCCCUAAGAACCUUGUGAGCACCAAUUUUGCCAUGACCAAGAAGGCGGCUGGAGGUUGUAUGGAGAAACAAAGUUGCGGCCUGUGGACGGCAGAGACAUGGGGAGGCACCGCUCUCUUUGCAGCACGGGUUAGCUACACGGACGAGCAUGCUUCCACCCCUUGGGACCAGCGGGGUUUAUCCCGGUCCCUACUGGGGUGCUACCACUCUCACCUCAACCAGGCCUGGCAGCUCCGACGUUCCCGAUCAUCUCCAUGUUCCCGGCGAGCUAUAAUGGCCACCAAAAUUGAGCCUGCAGUCCACAGUCUACCCAAGACAUGUGUCUCACAAGAGGAGCGUCUAACCUGGGCCUGUGAGCAAAUGUGGACACACUUUUUGAACAGGAUCCAGCGGCGCUCGGUGCUGUUUGAAGCUGCGGCUAUGCUCCAACCAGGUAUGGUGAAGCGAGAAGCGCAGCUGACACCCGCAAGGCUAUUCUCGGACCCAGGAAGGUGA